ACAAGAAGCGACAGAGGGAAAGAAGAAGAAUUCCUAAAACCCUUGAGCAAUUUUCCGUUUCUAGAAGAUCGCGUCCGGUUUUGGCCUCUAGACCCAUGUCUGAAAACGUCCCUGAUCACCAAAUUGUUCCUGAAGAAGAAGCAGGCAAGAAGGUUGUUCUGUCUAAAUUAGUGACUUUGAUGCGUAAAUUGUCAGAACAAGGAAUCGAUGCUCAAAACUGUCCUCCAGGAGUACGUAGUUGCUUGAUAUGUCCGAAGUGUGAAGUUGGAGACUCUGGAGAAAAAAGCUUGACUCUUUACAUAUACCCUGAUGGUUCGUCAGCUAAAUGGACUUGCAGGAGGAAGUGUGGGUUAAAAGGUGUACUACAGGUGGAUGGUAAGUUGGUAUCUAAAGAUCCAAUAGGGAAGGUUGAAAGAAAAAUUACGGUGGAGAGUAUAAAGCUAGAACCUCUCUGUGAUGAGAUUCAAGAUUUUUUUGCUGCAAGAGCGAUUUCAGGGAAAACACUCGAGAGAAAUCGAGUUAUGCAGAAAAGAAUAGAUGACGAGAUUGUGAUUGCUUUUACGUAUUGGCAAAGAGGGGAGCUUGUGAGUUGCAAGUACCGAUCUCUAACUAAGAAGUUCGUUCAGGAAAGGAAUACACGGAAGAUCUUGUAUGGGCUUGAUGACAUAGAAGAAACAUCUGAAAUCAUUAUAGUUGAAGGGGAACCAGAUAAACUUGCAAUGGAAGAGGCUGGUUUUUUCAAUUGUGUGUCUGUUCCUGAUGGAGCUCCAGAGACGGUUUCUUCAAAGGAAAUUCCAUCUGAAUCCAAGGACACGGCGUUUAAGUACAUAUGGAAUUGCAAUGACUAUCUUAAAAAGGCGUCUCGGAUUGUUAUUGCUACUGACGGAGAUGGACCUGGUCAAGCUCUAGCGGAAGAACUUGCACGGCGUUUGGGGAAAGAAAGAUGUUGGCUUGUCAAAUGGCCGAAGAAAAGUGAAGAUGAACAUUUCAAAGAUGCAAACGAGGUGCUUAUGUCUAAGGGACCUCAUUUACUCAAGGAAGCUAUUCUAAAUGCUGAGCCUUACCCUUUGAAGUCAUGAAGUGUGUCCAAGUCAUGUUCUUCAUAUUUGUCUUAUUAAUUUUUCGGAACUAGCAUUAAGAGUAUAAUUUUUAUUUUCUUUCUAAUUUUGCAUAUUAUACACAUUCUAAAUUUAAUUAUUAACCAA